AUGAUUGAAAACAUAAUGUUAAGAUCAUUGUAUGAUUCUCUUUGCAGAGUUAAAAUGCAAAAGCAUUUAUGGUUUCAUCCAUUUCAAGGAUAUUCUCAAGUAAAAUUACAAAAAAUUCUAAACGAUAAUAUAAGUAGAGAAUUACUCUUAAAUAAAGAAAAUGAAAUUUUAAUAGCAGCACAUGAGUGUGAUAAAGAAAAAUUACAAAAAUACGUUAAAGGACCAUAUGCAGAGACAAUAAUAUUGCAUUGUGUCACAAAUGGGCCUUACAAGUCCUUUAAUGAUUUGUUAUCCAUAAACAAUAUUGAGAAUGAUAUAAUGAAGGAAACUUCUAUUUCAGUUACUGAUAAGAAAGUCAUAGACAGACAUAAAAGAUGUAAAAUAAUACCUACAGUGAAGAAGAUGAAAGAGAGGCCAAAAGCAACAUUAGGAAUUCAUGUUGGUCCUUCCAUGAUAAGCUGGGCAUUUGUAAAUAACGAUUUUAGAGUAUUAAAUUGGGACUGGGAACCUUGGUGUAAUAUUAAGUCUAAAAAUGUUACCUAUAAUACGAUCAGUAUGGCAUCAAGUAUAGUUGAAAAGUUACCUGAAGCCAAUGCUUAUGUAAUUGAAGAUGUGCAAAUUCUAAAUAAAGGAAUAAAUCGGAUGAUGUUACAUCUGCAACAACAACUAAUUGUUUCUGUAAUGGCUUGUCUUAGACUAAGAGGGAGGCAGUUAUCAUCAUCUUCUGAGAGUGAUGUAUAUGUGAUGCCUUACAGUACAACAGCACGCAUGUUUAAUCUAUUAGUUGGGUCUGAAAUAGUAUCUUCCAAUUCUAUUGUGAAAAAGAUAAUAGGAAAUGCUAUUGAACCAAAUAACAAAAAAUUGUGUGUAAUUAUGGACAUAGAAAUUAAAGAGAAAUACGCACGGUUGAAUUGUGAUGAACAAGAGCAAGCAAACUUGUCUCUAUUAAGGGCCUUAUCGUUUUUACGUUUAAUUGAAAUUCAAAAUGAUUUAAUGCCAAAAGUCGAAAGAUGGAGCUAG